UUAAAACGUGUCGCAAAGUCGCUGGCACCAUUACACGUCUGCUCGCUGCGUAACGCAGACACGCCAGUAUGGCUAAGCUCGUUGCGUUUCUCGCUGUGCUGCUGUGCGGCAACCUGGCUGCUGCCGCGAGCGCAGAUCUUAUAUCCGUUCUGGAGCAGCUGGCGGAAGGUCCGCUGGCACGGCUGCUGGAUUUGAACAUCGACCCACCGCCCCGAACCGCCGGCUUCUCUACGCUGCUGCCCCAGAGAAGCAUCCGAUUGACCUGCACCAAGACGAGGGAGCCCCGUUUCCAGGAAAUAUUGUACGGCGAUGUGAACCUGCAGAACAAGCUGAACUUUUCGCUGCCGCUGACGAUCGCCAUCCAUGGCUGGCAGGAGAGGAACCUCAGCACGUACAGCGCGCUGACGAUGCCGUACCUGCGCUUCGCCAACAACACCAACUACUGCCUGCUGGACUGGAGAGCGUACUCCGAGUUUGGGUAUCAGAUCGCGGCCCGCCAGAGCGUCCCGCUGGUGGCGCAGUAUUUGUUCGGAUUUUUGCAGAACCUCAGCCUGCUGUACUUCCCGCUCGAGAGUGUGACCCUGAUUGGGUUCAGCAUGGGCGGACACAUUGCCGGACUGACGGGUAAGCUGCUGCCGGGCCGGAUCGGUACGAUCUAUGCGCUCGAUCCGGCCGGUCCGCUGUUCUCGCACCCGGUCGACAUUGGGCCCAAGCGCCGGCUGGAUGCGUCGGACGCACAGUACGUGCAGGUGAUCUACACCUCCCGCUACACGGCUGGCUUCGGAAAGGUGCUUGACGGUGCGCAGAACUUCCUGCUCAACAAGGGCUACCAUCCGCAGCAGCCCUGCACCGCAAAGGGUGACGGUUUGAGCGAACUAGCCGGGGCGCUACAGUGCAGUCACAGGUACGCGGUGAGUCUGUUCGUGAGCAGCCUCGACCCGAACAACCCCAUCAUCGGCAAGAAGUGUCCGACGAUCUUCGGGGCACGCGUGUGCCUAAUGCCGACGAAGGAUCGCCUCGGUAUAUAUGCGCAAAGAAUUCGUGGCGACUUUUACUUGUAAGCGGAGUUGUAAACGCGCAAGCGAAUUGAAAAUGCGGAUAAAUCUUCCUGAAACAUCGUAUUUUUACUUGUAGUAACAAGUGCGGCCAUAAAAUAGACCUUCCGUACGAUCGUCCUCUUCCUACAUUCAUCCGAAAAGUGGGAGCGGGUGGAAAAUAUGCCCGAAAGUAAGGGCACUAAAAGUAUGGAAUUUAAGGCUUAAGGAGCGCACUUAAAAGCACCACCAUAAAACACAACGUGUGCUUCAGCAAACCCAACAGGUGAAUAAUGAUGAUUAUGCGGCAAGGGAGGAGAGCGCGUAGCGCGGACGAGCGUGGGGUUUAUUGUUCGCAAUCACCGAAAGUGUACUGCAUGCUUUGCAUUUGCAUAAUUUAAAUGUUGAGCUGUCGAAUCGACGCAUCGGCGCCUGGUGGUGGCGGUGUGAGCAACAGGGAUGGAUGGGUGGUACGCUUUUUAUGCUCCUUUCCCGUGUACAGCGCAUCUCGCGGAAUUAAAGAACGCUGCCUCCAUCUUGA